AUAGCUGGCUAGCGAAGGUGUCCGACUCCUGCGCCCUCACUCCCACGGUUCUCUGUUGGUCCGGUUCCGUCGCCUCCCUGAAGCCUGUUCUGGCAGCCCGGUUUCCUAGUUCGAUCUUUCUGGCUUUUCGCUUUCUCCUUCCUUUGCAUUCAGCAUGCAGAAAGAAGACGCCUCCGCCCUGGGUUUCCUGCCUCGCUUCCCUCAUUUUGCCACUCGGGCCAUCCACGCGGGCCAGGACCCCGAGCAGUGGCGCUCCAGGGCCGUGGUGCCGCCCAUCGCGCUGUCCACCACGUUCAAGCAGGACGCGCCCGGCCAGCACGCGGGUUUUGUGUACGGCCGCUCUGGAAACCCCACUAGGAACUGCUUGGAAAAAGCAGUGGCAGCGCUGGAUGAGGCUAAGUACAGUUUGGCCUUUGCUUCGGGGUUGGCAGCCACCGUGACGAUCAUGCACCUUUUAAAAGCGGGAGACGAGGUGGUCUGCAUGGACGACCUGUACGGAGGUACAAACCGAUACUUCAGGAGGGUGGCAGCUGAAUUUGGAUUAAAGAUUUCUUUUGUCGACUGCUCCAAAACCAAAUUGCUCGAGGAAGCAAUUACACCGCGAACCAAACUCGUCUGGCUGGAAACCCCCACCAACCCCAGCUUGAAGCUCGCCGACAUCGCAGCCUGUGCCAAGGUUGUCCACGCGCACGGAGACAUCCUGCUGGUCGUGGACAACACCUUCAUGUCGGCCUACUUCCAGCGGCCCCUGGCCCUGGGAGCAGACGUCUGCAUGUACUCGGCCACCAAGUACAUGAACGGGCACAGUGAUGUGGUGAUGGGCUUAGUGUCGGUGAGUUCUGAAGAUCUCCAUGACAGACUCCGUUUCCUGCAAAAUACUCUGGGGACGGUGCCCUCCCCUCUCGACUGUUACCUGUGCCUUCGAGGCCUCAAGACCCUGCAGAUUCGCAUGGAGAAGCAUUUCCAAAACGGAAUGGCUGUGGCCCGCUUCUUGGAAUCCAAUCCACGGGUAGAAAAAGUUAUUUAUCCUGGGCUGCCCUCUCACCCACAGCACGAGCUGGCCAGGCGGCAGUGUGCAGGCUGCCCGGGAAUGGUUACCUUCUACAUCAAGGGCUCCCUUCAGCACGCGGAGACCUUCCUGCAGCACCUGAAGUUAUUUACUCUGGCUGAGAGUUUGGGAGGAUAUGAAAGCCUUGCUGAGCUUCCAUCAAUCAUGACCCAUGCGUCAGUGCCCAAGAAUGACAGAGAAACGCUUGGCAUCAGUGACACGCUGGUUCGGCUGUCUGUGGGAUUGGAGGAUGAAAGAGACCUUCUGGAAGAUCUGGAUCAAGCUUUGAAGGCGGCGCACCCUGAGAGUGGAAGCCCCAAGUAGGAUUCCAGACCUGCUGUCAGAAGCAUCUUCCCGAGGAGGUCGGGUCCCUGAGCGGGGCUCUGUGGGGUUUUCAAGAGGAAGUUGAAGGGACCUCGUUACCUUUCGCAGCUGUAACCUGGUAGGGCUCUUUCCUGUUAAAAAUGGUUUCCUGUAUGUCCUGGGAGGUCAGUUCUGCUAAUAUUUCUUUGUUAAUUUUGCUAUAUGUUAGCUUCUGGAGGAGGUAAGAUUUGUGCCGCUUUGUGGGGAACAAACAGUUCUUUUAUUCAUAACCUAAGACUUGCUUCAGUCAUGUUUACGGUAUAAGGGUGAUUCAGUUUUGAUGCUUUGUAAAGAAGUCAAAUUCUUAAAUGAUAUUUCUUAAAUCAGGUCUGAUUUUUACACAUUGUCGAACAAAGUAUUGUAAGCAAUGCUUUACAUUUGAUUACCGUAUGUCAAAAAAAUCAAAUACUUGAGAAGUCUGUUGUGAAUUUCUACUGAUUUAAAGUUACUGCCUAUUAUUUUUCAAACAAUAAAUGUAAUUAUCAAAUUCA